GAUAAAAAUUUCCCCAAUUCUUUUUUUUUUUUCCAGUAAAUUCCCCAAUUCUUUUAAUAUUUCAUCUUUUUUAAACACUUUCAUCUCCUGUCCCCGAAGGAAAAAAAUUAUACAAAAGGGAAGGGAAAUAAUUUCGUAUUUAUCUAAUAUUCUAGGGUUUGGAUUUUUGAUCGAUCUGAGAGAGGAAUAUGGGCGCGGAAGGUGAUUCGAGUGAGUCGCGACUCGGUGGCGUUGGAGGAGGAGAAGAGGGAGUGAUGAUUAAUAUUCGCUGCUCAAACGGUACGAAAUUUACGGUGAGGACCAGCCUCGAAUCAACUGUUGGAUCUUUCAAAGCUGUUUUGGCUCAGAACUGCGAUAUCCCAGCUGAUCAGCAACGAUUGAUUUAUAAAGGACGAAUCUUGAAGGACGACCAAACCCUUCAAAGCUACGGUUUGCAAGCUGAUCAUACUGUCCACAUGGUUCGUGGUUUUUCCCCAUCUUCAUCUACACCUCCUCCUGUGGCUACCACAAAUGUUGAAACUCCUAGUAAUACACCAGGGGUCACACGGGGUGUUGGUUCUAAUGAGGGUGCUGGGCUGGGAGCAUCCUUAUUCCCUGGACUUAAUCCACUUGGUGGCAGUGGAGGUUUGGGUUUGUUUGGAUCUGAACUUCCUGAAUUUGAGCAAGUACAGCAACAACUAACUCAAAAUCCCAACAUGAUGAGGGAAAUAAUGAAUACACCUGCUUUUCAAAGUUUGAUGAAUAACCCAGAGUUAAUGCGUGGUUUGAUUAUGAGCAAUCCUCAAAUGCGUGAGAUUAUUGAUCGGAAUCCUGAGCUUGCACAUGUACUUAAUGAUCCUAGCAUUCUCCGGCAAACAUUAGAAGCUGCAAGGAACCCUGAACUCAUGCGUGAAAUGAUGCGAAACACUGACAGGGCUAUGAAUAAUAUUGAAUCCUCUCCCGAGGGAUUUAACAUGCUUAGGCGUAUGUAUGAAAAUGUGCAGGGGCCAUUUUUGAAUGCUACGACUAUGGCUGGAAAUAAUGGAAAUAGUCCAGGUUCGAAUCCAUUUGCUGCUCUGUUGAACAAUCAAGGUGGUUCUCAAGCUAGGGACUCACCUAACAACACUUCUACAACUGGUUCUGAAACCACUCAUGGACAAACUUCCCCAAACACAAAUCCGCUUCCUAACCCUUGGAGCAACACUGUUGGUGGUGGUGGGGGAACCCAGACCAAUACUACUCCAAGGUCAAAUUCUACUGGGGAUGCUAGGACACCAGGUGUUGGUGGUCUGGGAGGCCUUGGACUUCCUGAUAUGCUGCCCAUGUUGAAUGGAAUGCCAGAUGCUUCUCAGUUGACUCAGUUGUUACAAAACCCAGCUAUAUCACAGAUGAUGCAGAGCAUAAUGUCUAAUCCCCAAUAUAUGAAUCAGAUUCUGAAUCUCAACCCCCCACUACGUGGAAUGUUUGAUUUGAAUCCUCAAUUGAGAGAGAUGAUGCAGAAUCCAGAGGUGCUUCGUCAGAUGGCUUCCCCUGAGGCAAUGCAGCAAAUGCUAGCUUUACAGCAAUCACUUCUGUCUCAUCUCAACCGACAACAAUCAACCCAGGAUUCAGCACAGACUGGUGCUACUACAGGAGCACCUGGUACUGCUGGUCUGGAGUUGUUGAUGAAUAUGUUUGGUGGUCUGGGUGCUGGUAGCGUGGGUGUUCCCAACCAACCUGACGUUCCCCCAGAAGAACUGUAUGCUACACAAUUAUCACAACUCCAAGAAAUGGGUUUCUACGAUACACAAGAAAAUAUCAGAGCACUACGCGCCAGUGCUGGAAAUGUCCAUGCUGCGGUUGAGAGACUUCUGGGAAAUUCCGGGCAGUAAUUCCUCGAAACUUCAUGCUUUUAAAUUUGACCAAGAACUCCCAUGUAAGAUUAGUUGAUUCGGCCUGGUGCCUGAGCAAACCACAGAUUGUGGGUAUACAUGCUGGUUCCUUCUUUGGGCUGUGUUUAAUAAGUAAACACGAUGAUAUACCCACCCGAGAACACAUGUUGAUAUAGGCUUAUGCAUAUUUGGAUCAUUCCCUCUUUCCCCAGCCCACUUGCUUAUGUACAUACACUUUGGAUUA